AUGGCUAAAGAGCAACUUCCUAUUCUAGUAGCGGGGGCUGGACCUGUCGGAUGCUUCAUCGCUUAUCGCCUGGGGAAGGCAGGGAUUCCAGUUCAAAUCUUCGAAAAGGAGUCCGCUCUCCCCUAUACACCACGAGCCGUUGGUUACUAUGGCGCUACCCAAGUCGUGUUUCAGGAAUCUGGUCUGUACGACCUCGUUCGGGCCGAAGGGUUCAUGACUGCUGGACUUUGCUGGCGCACACUUCCUAUCGACGACGACAAGGGAGGAAAGCGCCUGGGUGACCUACUCGCUGCGCAGCCUCUUAGCAACCCCAGUGAUCCUGUCAAAGCCUGCCCGUCCGGCCUGCUCAAUCUUCGCCAGUCGGAGCUGACAAAGCUGAUUUUGCAAGAGGCGCUGAAGACUGGCAACGUGACGAUUCAGUUCAACAGCGAGCUAUCCAGCAUCCAAGAGGGGGAGGGAAAAGUCACCAUUGAUUUCGAAAACAAAGAUCUCCCUGCUGUUACGGGUUCUUACCUCGUUGGCGCCGACGGUGGUAGAUCGAAAACUCGCAAACUCAUCGGAACACCUUGCCUCGGUCACACAUGGCCUGAGAGACUCAUCUCCACAGAUGUCAUUCUUGGAAACUAUGUUGAUCCGGUCUGGCACACUUGCUACAUCAUCGGGACAAAGAAUUACACCAUCAUGACGCCUCUUACCGACCCGGUUGUCGGCGAAAAGAGCCUGUGGAGGUGUACCGUUGCGAUUCCCCCGGAAGACGAGAGAUCCGAGGAGGAAUUACUCCAAGACGAGGUCAUCCACGGCUUCUACGAAGAGGUGGUUUCUGGACCGCGGCCACUCCCAGCUGAGAUCAAGGCAAAGGCAGUCUAUCGCAUUCAUCAGCGCUUGGUCCCGACUAUGCGCAAGGGUCGAUGUGUAUUAGCCGGAGACGCAGCGCACAUGAACAACCCAUAUGGCGCCAUGGGCUUGAACACUGGCCUUCUGGAUGGCGAUGCUCUGGCGGAGGCCCUGAUCAUGGUCCUUAACGAAGCCCGAUCGGACAAUAUUCUCACAAGCUAUUCAGACGCUCGCAGAAAAGUCUUUCAAAACUUCGUUGACCCUACCACGACAGCCAACAAGCUUCGUCUUCACCUAGCAAGCGAGACUGCGGCAGUAGAUGACGACUACUUGAGAUUUCUGCAGAACCCCACCCCAGAGGAGCUGCAAAAAGGAGCCAAGCCGUACUUCGAGACUUGGAGGACAGAUAUGAGAGCUGUAGCCAAGGCUGCCGGGCUAUGA